UGACUUUAACGAAAGACCCAAAUUAUAUCACAGCAUAUUUACUUUACAACAACAAAGCACAGCAAUAUCAUCAUUGAUAAAAUCAUUGUAUAUUAUUAUUUUUGUGUGUGUUCUAACAGGUACUGCCCGUGUCCAUAAAACAGCCAAUGUCCUGACAGCGCCCAGGCACGAUGAAUAGUUCCAACAUCUCCAACAACUCCGUGUGCAAGUUGAACGAGUCGUACAAAUUCAUCUACCUGCCGAUCGCCUACUCCAUCUGCGCCUUCUUAGGGCUCACGCUCAACGGGUUCGUAUUCUGGCGCCUCGCUUUCAAGACGAAGAAAUGGAGCUGCAACUCCAUCUACAUCCUCAACCUGGCUGCGACAGACUUCCUCUACGCCCUCUCGCUCAUCUUCCUGAUCCACUGCUACAUCAUUCAGGACGUCUGGGUUUUCGGCGACUUAAUGUGCCGCCUCAUCCGAUUCCUGUUCUACUUUAACCUCUACAGCAGCAUCCUGUUUCUCACGGCCAUAAGCAUGUACCGAUACCUCGGCAUCUGCCACCCCAUCUCGACCCGUGGCUUGCAGCGGCUGAGGUUCGCCGUUUCCAUCUGCGCAAUCAUCUGGGUGUUCACGUUGUUGGAGACGGCGCCGUACCUGUACUUCGGCGGCGUCACCAAGUUGACCCCGGACAACGACGAAUGCUGGGACUUCGUACCCGACAAGGCAGCAGAGCAUCUGCCCUACGGCAUCACUCUCACGGUGCUGGGCUUCAUCCUCCCCUUCUUCGUCAUCCUCAUCUUCUACUCCUGCAUCAUCCACACACUGAAGAAGUCCUUGAACGAGGCCAUCAUCCCACAAACGCAUCUGAGGACCAAGAGGAGGAAAUCGAUGUACACCAUCGUGGUGGUGUUCACCAUCUUCGUCGUCUGCCACCUGCCCUACAACAUCAACAAGCUGAUCUUCUUCCUGUACCAGGGCAACGUGACGGAAUGCGGGGCCGAAGUAGUGUCCAAGGCCUACAAGGCGGUGCGUCCUCUGGCAAGCCUCAACUGCGCCCUCAACCCGACUCUGUACUUCGUGAGCUACUUCAGAUCGCAUCGGGGCAGACGCACGCAGCGUUUGGCCACUGUCAGGACCAACUAUGGUUCGAACACUCCGUCGAUCCCAAAUAACACCCAGACAUCUUCCUCUCCAAUCGGCGACAAGUGAAAGAGGCGGGCGGCGGCGGGUUAAGCUCGCCCAGGUCACCUCACGUGGGUCUGCCACUUGAAUUGUGAGCCACCUAUGUCACGGAGGGGGUGGCCAACCUGCGUCUCCAGAGCCGCCUACAUUCUGGCUCGUUGGCGUCCCGUUGGGGUUCUUCGUCUGUCGUAUACCCGCUGCUGCGUGUGUGUACAAGCAGCUCUGCUUUGUGAUGUGACUCUCGGACUAUUUGGGUGAAAGACUAAAAAAAAAACAACUAAACGGCUCUUUUUAUUUAUUUAA